GGUUGAAUGAGUUUUUCAACACCCAUUCAACUAUCUCAUUGCAACUAGUUUUAUGAGUAUCAAAUCUUUUAUGCUCUGCUGUAUAGUCUUAUACUUAUACAGUUUCGGAAUAUCUAUUGUUCUGCGAGAUCGGCUAGAAACCUGCCAGAACCGCUCCUUGUCCGUACCUCACUGCACUGGUGGCAAUCACUCCUCGCCCUGGUCGGCUCCGGUGUCACAUAAUUCCCUCCAUUUAUAGACCAAUUGUAUUGAUUCCCUCCAUUAGCUCCAAUACAAAUUAAGAAGUGAGAUUUAAGAACGAAAACCCUUCCCCAAUCCCUAACGAUUCUUUUACGGCCUCGCACUCUCCAGAGUUCGCUCCCGAUGACUUCUUCCCCGGAGUCGCCGCCGGUGCUCUGGAUCCGGACCCAUCCACGACAGCUACUUGCGCCUUGGCGGUUCAUAUCCGACUCCGAGUGGGAGGAUGUGAUUGCUCGCGUCGGAGAUAUGGUUUUUCAGGUCAUCUCGCACAUGUUCCCUUACAACCACUCAUUGCUCGUUGAAACAGUGUUUAGUUUAUGGAGAUUAGAGAAAGAUCAAGAGAUGACCCAUCAAAGUGUAUUAAGUUAUUUCAAUGCUCAUUUCUUUGGAAGCUCACUGAAUAUAAGGUGUCCCACUCUUCUGCCGAGCCAGUACAGUUAUUAUUGUGUUACUCCUUUAGUAGAAUGUUUUAACUUACUCUAUAUUUCCCCUCAGGUAUCAGUUUUGCCACAAAUGAUUUUCCUUAACAGUGUAUUUGGGUAUCUUUCCCUUCUAUGAUUCUUAAAUGGUGUACUGUCUCUGAAGCGGACCUUUAUCAUGCAAUGAUGUAUAUAUAUUUUGAAGCCCCACAGACAAUCUUGGUGAGAAUCAGUAGUUAUGGAGCCUAAGACCACUUCAAAUUGUGUUAUUGCUUUUGGCCAUAAUUGCAGUUCCAUGGAUGCUUUUUCCAAAACCUUUUUAUACUAAAGAAGCGGCAUACUGAGGUGCCACUUUUACCUGCAUUGUUUAUGAUUUCCUUGCUAGAAAGUUUGUUUUAUUCAACGAAACCUCUAUAGAUUGUGGUUAUUUUAUACAACGAAACUUUGAUACAUACACAUCUACUUUCUCUUUUAUAUCUAUUCGAUAAUUCCACUUAUUUCUUCCUAUCAUUUUAUUUUUAUUUUUCCAUCACAUCACACAUUAAAUCUCACAUUUCACUCUCUUUUCUCUCCUUCUUACUCUUGGUGUGAGUGUACAUAAGUGUGAGGAUAACAUUAUUGUAACUAGCUAUCAGUUUGAAAUAUUAUAAAAAUUGAAGUUAAAUACAAAGUGUCACUCAACACCAAAAAAAGAGAGUGUGUAAAUAUCAUAUGCAGACAAACCAAAUCUGUAUAAAAAGCUCAAACAUUGCACAUAUUAUCAUUACGGCAUUACCUCUCUUCUUUCUUCUGUUUUGUUCCUUCUCUUCUUCUCUGUUGAGUUUUUGAAUCCAAAUAAACUCUAGUCACAACCGGCAUAGCUAGGCUACUCAAAGAUGCCUAGCAAGGAGGUUUCACCGUUAGGAGAAAUAAAUGCUCCAUUGUUGGAAGUUCACCCUUUAACAGAUGCAGCAGAACAAGAACAAGACCUCAAAAGAAAGAUUUGGGUUGAAUCCAAGAAGCUAUGGCACAUAGCAGGCCCCGCAAUAUUUAGCCGUAUAGCAUCGUAUUCCAUGUUACUCAUCACCCAAGCCUUUGCAGGCCACCUAGGUGACCUUGAACUCGCAGAGGUUCUUGCAGAGCCAGCUUAAAUCCACCGUUAUUGCCUGGGUGUGUCUAGUGGCGCUUUUGGUGCACGUGUUUAUCUGUUGGUUAUUCGUUUUCAAGCUUCAGUUUGGUGUGAUUGGCAUUGCUGCUACCAAUAACUUCUCUUGGUGGUUCGGCCUUUUGGGUUAUACUGUUUGUGGCGGUUGCCCUCACACGUGGUCUGGAUUGUCUAUGGAAGCUUUUUCUGGUCUUUGGGAGUUUGUUAAACUUUCAGCUGCUUCUGGAGUCAUGCUCUGUGUGGAGAAUUGGUAUUGUAGAGUUCUGAUAGUGAUGACUGGAAAUCUUCAGAACGCUGAGAUUGCCGUGGAUGCUUUGUCCAUAUGCAUGUCAAUAAAUGGCUUGGAAAUGAUGAUUCCUCUGUCAUUUUUUGCUGCAACAGGAGUGAGGGUUGCAAACGAGCUGGGAGCUGGGAAUGGUAAAGGAGCCAAGUUUGCUACUAAAGUAUCUGUGGUCACUUCUUCAAUAAUAGGACUCUUCUUUUGGAUGUUGAUUUUAAUAUUUCACGACAAAAUUGGCUACAUAUUCACUACAAGCAAACCCGUCCUUGAUGAAGUAAACAAGCUUUCUCUUCUGUUAGCCUUCACAAUUCUUCUUAACAGUAUUCAGCCAGUUCUCUCAGGAGUGGCUGUGGGAUCAGGGUGGCAAUCAUAUGUUGCAUACAUAAAUUUGGGUUGCUACUAUCUUGUUGGGUUGCCUCUUGGAUUUUUAAUGGGGUGGGUCUUCAAUCAAGGAGUUAUGGGAAUCUGGGCAGGGAUGAUUUUUGGUGGGACAGCACUUCAGACAUUGAUAUUAGGUGUGACUACCAUUCGGUGCGAUUGGGAUAGAGAGGCUGAGAAAGCAAAACUGCAUUUGACAAAGUGGUGUGAUCCAAAACGAGAACUGAACUAGUACUUCUUAUAGAGGGGCCAGUAUUCAUAACCUAAAUGCCAAAUUAAGGAAUAAAUGGGCAUAAUUGUAGACGGACUCC